GGGUGGUGUUAGUGUGCGCCUGUUUCAACUCCCAGCCUGACAGAAUUUUUUAUUUUUAUUUUUUUUUGUGUGUGUGUGUGUGUAACCACGCCUACACAGUGGCUGCCAAGGCUUACCCAUGAGUUAAACCUUCUUUAGUUGGUAAUGAGGAAGGCGUGGGCUCUAGCAGUGGACACCCGAAGGCAGCAGUGGGUGAAAACAAACAAAAUAAAGAAAAGUUUGGCUGUGAGAAGGUGCUAGACAGCCAGCCAUAGUGACGAGGAGGCAGGAAGGUAGAUCACUACCACCAUCACCACCACAGGGAAGGUGCCAAGUUUGUGCUCAAUGGAAGGUGAAGAGCAGAAAACUCAAGCCAUGGACCUGACCCCAGAACAGAAUGGUGGUGUCAUAAAGGAGAUUUUGAAGCACGGGGAAGGAGAUAGUGGUCCACUCCAAGGAGAUCGUGUUUCAGUUCAUUACAUUGGCAUUCUGGCUGAAGAUGGAUCCAAAUUUGACUCUAGUCGGGAGAGUGGCAAGCGUUUCGAGUUCACUCUUGGCAGAGGUGAGGUUAUCAAAGGGUGGGAUUUGGGAGUGGCCACCAUGAAAAAGGGUGAAAUAGCCAGACUAACAUGCAAGAGUGAGUAUGCAUAUGGAGAGGUUGGCAGUCCCACAAAAAUACCGGCCAAUGCAACGCUAAUAUUUGAGAUUGAGUUGUUUGAAUGGCAUGGUGAGGAUCUGAGCUCUAAAAAAGACGGUGGCAUUAUUCGGAGAAUACUUGUGGCAGGGGAAGGUUACCUGACACCCAAUGAUGGUGCUAUUGUGAAUGUACGUCUGGUUGGGCGUGUGAACGGAACUGUGUUCGAUGACCGGGAGGUUAAGUUUCCUCUUGGUGAAGGAACGGAAUAUAAUAUCCCAGAAGGUCUAGAAAGGAGCCUGGAGAGAUUCAAAAAAGGAGAGAAGUCUACAAUUAAGCUCUCACCAAAGUAUGCAUUUGGAUCUGCUGGGAAUGUCUCCAUAGGUGUCCCUCCAGGGGCUUACUUAGACUAUGAAGUGGAGAUGUGUAGUUUUGAAAAAGCAAAGGAAUCUUGGGAAAUGGACCAAGAAGAAAAGAUUGAGCAUGCCAAGAUUUGCAAAGAUAGAGGGAGUGAAUUCUUCAAACAAGAGAAAUAUCGAUUGGCAGUCAAGCAAUACAAGAAAAUCCUUGACUUCUUGCAGUAUGACAAUGGACUAAGUGAUGAGAAGAAAGCAGAGAGUCGGUCCAUACUUCUGGCUGGCCAGCUGAACCUUGCCAUGACAUACCUCAAGUUGCAUGACAACCCUCGGGCGCGGGACCACGCCACCAAAGCCCUGGAGAUGGACAGCUGCAAUGUGAAGGCUUACUUUAGGAGAGGACAGGCCAAUUUGAAUAUGGGAGAAGCUGAAUUUGCUGAGAAGGACUUCCAGAUAUGCCUUGACUUAGACCACAACAACAAGGCAGCCAAACACCAGCUGCAGAGGUGUGGCCUUCAAAUCAAGGCUAAUAAACAAAAGGAAAAAAAGCUCUACAGUGGAAUGUUUGAUAAAUUUGCCAGACAGGACAGAGCGAGAGAAGAAGCAGAAGCCAGAAGGCGGCUAGACAUCAUGUCUGGAGACCUCGGAGAGUGGGGCAAGGCAGAGGAGAAGAAAGAUUCAGAUAAAUGUGAACUAUCUGAACUAGUUAACAUUGAUGGUGUCCACAUGCUUUAACUCUCACCUCUCCUGUGGUCAGGUUAGCUAUAACAAAGUGUAUGAUGUAAGAAAGAGAAAUUACUGAUAUUUGUAGUAUUUCCAAUUGUGUUUAAUUUUAGUGGAAAUGUGCUGAUGAUGUAAGCACUUACCUGAAUGUGAUAUAAACUUAUAUUUUGAUAGCAUAUUGUAGGUAGGCAUAUUUAAGUAAGAUUUUUUUUUAAUGUUUAUAGAUUGCUCAGGCACAAGUUCUUGCACCAGUGGCAGCUGGUUAGGCUGUAAGGAGUCUGGUUGUAUUUAUGUCUUGUAUGAAAAAAAAUAGUUGAACAGAUAUCAGCAACUUGGAAUGUGUCACUGUGGAACAGUAUAUCAUUAAUUGAAAGUGUCAAAAUCUUUCAAGAUUUAACUCCCCUCAUGACUUCUAGCAUCUAACCAAAAACAUCUCCAAUAACUUUGUUUCUUCUUUCCUCUUUUUAUUUCAACCAGGUGACACCAUUGCUAUCACAUCUAUCUCUAAAGCUGAAUUCUUCAAUCAAACCUUUGCUAAAACCUCUACCUUUGAUGAUUUAGGGCUUGUUCCUCCCUCUCCUCCACCCUCUGACAACUUCAUGCUACCUAUUAAAAUUCUCAAUGAUGUUUUCCAUGCCCUCGCUGGCCUAAAGCUUCAGAAGCCUAAUGGACCUGAUGGGGUCCCUCCUAUUGUUCUUCGAAACUGCGCCUCUGUGCUUGCACCUUGCCUAGUCAAACCCUUUCAACUCUGUGUCAACAUCUGCCUUUCCUUCUUGCUGGAAGUUUGCCUUCAUUCAACCUGUUCCUAAAAAGGGUGACCAUUCUAAUCUCUCAAACUACCAUCCUAUUGCUUUAAUCCCCUGCCUAUCUAAAGUUUUUUAAUCUAUCCUCAACAGGGAGAUUUCAAGACACUUAUUCUUCAAUUUUUGACUACCGCUUUGGACUCUAUUUGGUGACUGGCAGGUCAGUGGACACACUCUCUCUCUCUCUCUCUCUCUCUCUCUCUCUCUCUCUCUCUCUCUCUCUCUCUCUCUCUCUCUCUCUCUGUCUCUGUCUCUCUCUCUCUCUCUCUCUCUCUCUCUCUCUCUCUCUCUCUCUCUCUCUCUCUCUCUCUCUCUCUCUCUCUCUCUCUCUCUCUCAUGCCCUUGUCCAGUGUCCCUCCUACAUAAAAAAAAAAUCAGGCACAGCUGUGUCAUUGAAGUGUGCUGGAUGGAUAUUCCUGGCAUAGUGAAAUUAUAAGAACCAUUUUUGUAUGUAUCAAAUAUGAAGAUAUCAAACUGCGAAGUUAACAAACUUUUUAUUUUUAUUUUUAUUUAUUUGUUUGUUUUUAAUUUUUUUUAUUUAUUUAUUUAUUUAUUUAUUUAUUUUUAUUUAUUUAUUUAUUUAUUUAUUUUUUGUGUUAACUGUGUUGUUGAUCAUACAGAAACAUUAAAGAAGGUAGUUGUGAUUGUAAAGUUGUGGUCUUUCUGAGUUUUCUCUUUGGUGCUUAAUGUAGUCUGAAUACAGCAUAAGUCCUGCAAUAGUAUUCGUGAAUUUUUAUUUUAAGAAUAGAAAUAAUUGCAUGCAGGAUGCCCAUUUAAGUAACACCAUGGCGGGAUUUUUUAAACACUGAAAUGAGACAAUCUAAAGGAUGAAGUCACGAGAGGGAGUGGCUGAUGAUCAAACCCUUGACUGGACUUUUGUGGUGUCUCACUGCCUGUGUAAUCACCCUGGCCAAGUUAGAUUUAAAUUACCUUCAUUAUCUUCUCAUUCCAUGGCUUUUUCCUCUCUCUCUCUCUCUCUCUCUCUCUCUCUCUCUCUCUCUCUCUCUCUCUCUCUCUCUCUCUCUCUCUCUCUCUCUCUCUCUCUCUCUCUCUCUCUCUCUCUCUCUCUCUCUCUCUCUCUCUCUCUCUCUCUCUCUCUCUCUCUCUCUCUCUCUCUCUCUCUCUCUCAUGAACCAAACACUUAAUGAACUCAAGUGUCUCAUGUGGAGGCUUCAUUUUAUUUAUUUAUCAUUUUUAUGCAAGAGAUGUUCUGGUUUAGGGCAGCUGAAAAAAAUUCCAUUGAAAGUUCAAGCAUGAAAACAACUGUCCCCAAAAAAUUUUAUGGAAGAGAACUUGGGUAAUGCAAGUUGAGUCUCAGUGGAUCAUACUUCAAGCUUCAUAUUCUUCACUGAGGAAUAGGUGCACAAUGCACACAGGUUGCUACUAAUCAAGCCAUAAUAAUUGUCACAACCAGAGUGGAGUUGAAUGGACCUAGACUGUCUUGUCACUACAGUCUACAAAUGUAGGAAAUCAUGAAAGAAAUUGGUUACUCAUUCUUACUGUUGGGUAGAAGCACAGUAAUUGCUUCCUCCCUUUAUCUGGCACUACUCUGCCACUUCAUAAAUGAAAGACUUGUAGAUUGGCAACAACCACAGAUUAAGUUUCUUCCACUCAUUGCAUUUUCAUUAAAAAGAUAUAUAUAUAUAUAUAUAUAUAUAUAUAUAUAUAUAUAUAUAUAUAUAUAUAUAUAUAUAUAUAUAUAUAUAUAUAUAUAUAUAUAUAUAUGUGUGUGUGUGUGUGUGUGUGUGUGUGUGUGUGUGUGUGAAUCUUGAAUUCAUAAGCAGAAUGUUUGUACUUUGUAAUUCACCUGUAUUGUUUCUUGUUUUUGACAUGGUAUUGUAACAAUUGGGGCAUUUGCUAUGGUCUAAAAAAAACUACCAGAUUCACCAGGUGACUUAAUUUUAUGCAUAAAAGACAGUCAGCUGGAAAAAAAUUUUCCCCUCUAAAUGAUUUUACUCUAUCCAUUUAAGUUAUAUAGUUAACAUACUCAUGUAGAAAUCCUGGCACACAUGAAACAAGCAACCAUGUUUUGAUGCCAAAUCUUAGCAGGACACUGGUGAAGAUUGUUGACAUCAUGUCCCCCAACAUCUUCACUAAGUUGCCACUUUCUUCUUUGGAAAUACAACCCAUCUUUUCACACCCUAGUUCUUCUUUCCUGAUAUGUUUGUGCAAUAAACCACAGCAUAUGUAUAGACUGGGGUUUUACAACAGCACUAUAAACUCAUUUAUCCCACCUCGGGUUUGUUCGGUGCUUUGGAGAAGUCAGCGUGUCUAAUAUCAGCCAAUCUUUUCAUCUCCACACAGUUUUGGACAUCAAAAUAUCCAGUCAGCACAAAUAAUACUUGCUCAGCUCUUUUAGGGAUUUGCCAGAUAAAAUAUUAGUCCCUGUAGAAACCAGUGAAAAAUGUUUCUGAUUAAACAUGUAGCAGGAGACUAGAAAUGAAUGCAAAAACACAGAGAGCCCAUUUGCAAGUACUUAUAAUAACAAUUCCGUAGGGUGUGUAUCACUAGAACCCAUGAAUACUUUUAGCAUAAACACUUAGGAUCAAUGUUUUGCAGCAUUUAAGUACAGUGCAUCAAUAUGUAUCAUGAGAGGUAGUUUUAGAAUGUGCUUCUCCAGACAAAUGUGGGAGCAUUUACCAACCCCUACAUUAAAAUGGCCAGCAAUUACCAGCAACUUAACCCAUAGCAAACACCCCAAUUGGACAAAUACUCUUGUUUGCUUACUUUUCUUCUCUAAAAUUACUAUUGCAUGUGAAUUCCACAGUUUUAGUUUACAAAAUAUAUUCAAGAAUUUAGAUUUUCUGAACACAUGCAUGUAUUUUGAUAAUUCAAUAUAAUGUAUGAAAUGGAUGUUGCAGAAAUCAUGUGUUCAUGUGCUCUAAGUAUUUUGUAUAUAUAUAUAUGUAGAAAUUGGAUGUUGAUUUUAGAGAUUAAAAUGUUCUUUAGCAAAUAUCUAAUGCUAAAAAAUAUUCCUCUGCUCAGACUAAGUUUGAAAUAACUCAAAAACCUGGUGCAAUGUAUGAAGCAAUUUCUUGUUCUGAUGAAGGACUAUCUUUAAUAGAAAGACAUAAAUGUAUUGUAACAGUAUCUCACAAAAGUUAUUUGUUUUACAGUAUAUUAAUUCAUUGACCUGCCAUUGUUACCUUAUAGUGACUGCCUUUGCCAUCCACACCACUAAAGUCCCUUGUCUUCAGUCCUGAGAAGGUUAUAUGUGCUGGACACCACUCACUCUCAUGACUCACUUUUGAUGUUCAUCUUGUGUGAUUUUAUCUUAACUUUCAGGUAUGAGGUACUGUAUUUGCCUUUCUAGGAAAUUGUGUAUGGAAUUAAAUUUAUUAUGUAACAGAAAUGUGAUUUAAGUAUUUUCUAGAUGCUGAUGGAUGGAAGAAUAAAAAUUUUGUAAAGAACAUUAAUUGGGGCAAAAAACCUGUUCAGCUGGGUAUGCCUGAGCUGUUCUGAUACAUUCAGUACUUGGAAUUGAAUAGUAAAGGACAGGUAAUAGAACAUCACAAUGAUUGAUGCGGAACUUAAUUGUGAACAUCAAGUUCUCAUAGACUACAUAGAUUUAAAGGAUGAGCAGGAAAGUUGUCUUGCAAGUUAACCUUGGAUGUGCACCUACAGUGCAUCAUCUUGUGUUUUGUGAAAAUUCUUUAUUUACAUAUUUUUAUUUCCAUAAUUAUUACUACUGUCCUUUUCUGCUUGUUUUAGAGUAGCACAAAGGAUAUAUAAAUACUGUAGUAUUAAUAUGUAUGUAGACUUAUGAAGCAGAAUAAUCACUUUUUGCAGCAGAUUAGUUAGGUAUGGAUCUUAGUAGCCUUUAAAUCUAUCAUUGUUCAUGUAUAUAGUAUGCAUCAACUAUUUUGCAUUUUCUGUUAUUGUAUCGUAUCCCUCUGUGUGUCUAGGCAACUAAUGUAUUGCUGGGAAAUGUUGUCAAUGUGUCAUUGAUAGCAUUUGUUUCCUGGAUGUAAGAUGGUGACCUUGCAUUUUAAAGCUUUAUAUCAUAUACAAGUGUAAGAUAUAUUUAGGUUUUUCUUUUGAAUGAAACCACUUAUUUUUUAUUUAUUUAUUUAUUUUUUAUUUAUUUAUAUAUCUUUGUGCUUGGCAUUUAUUUUUUUAUUUUUUUAUUAUAUAUAUAUUUUUUUUUAAGUGUCCUGUGAGAGAGCAAGAUUAGGAAAGCAUUGAUAUGUUAUUCUCACAAAUCUCAUUUUAUUGUGAUAUGGAUCUACCUAACUUUUCUUCUCUUAUAAUCAGUAAAAUGGAAUCAAAUACACACACACACACACACACACACACACACACACACACUAUAUAUAUAUAUAUAUAUAUAUAUAUAUAUAUAUAUAUAUAUAUAUAUAUAUAUAUAUAUAUAUAUAUAAAUAUAUAUAUAUAUAUAUAUAUAUAUUUAUAUAUAUAUAUAUAUAUAUAUAUAAAAUCAGUUCCUGUUGAAGAAUUCAUUAAGAAGCAGUUAGGAGUGGAGGGGGGGAGUUGAAGAUGAAAUUUAUGAAUCAUGUGAAAAAAAAUGUCAACAAAAAUUCAUAUUAUUACUCUGUUAGGUUCAAGGCAUCAAGUUUACUGUGCUUUGAUUUUCUUUUUUCUUUUUUUCUGAUAAUCAGAUAGACCAACAGGUGUAAAAUUAAUUAAGAAAUAUAAUGUGCAAAAUUGAGCUCCCUCACAGAGAAAAUAAAGGUCUCAAAAGGAA